AUGUUAGAAAAACAAAACAAUUUGAUUGAAUUACAGAAGAAGUGGAAACAAGAAAAACAAGAUAAAGAAGAUGCAGCGAUUCGAGCUACUCUUUGGCUUCGCAAUUCACGUACCAGAUUAUCAUCAUCAACGUCAUCAUCAUCAUCAGUUAUCGCUAUAUCUAAUACUACUAUCACGACAUUUAUGCCUGUUGCUAAAUCAUCACGAAAAUGUGAUUAUUCUGGUCGUUUUCCUAUUCUUUUGACAGAAGAUGAAAAAGAAAAUUUUCGAUAA